UUGAAUACCAGGGGAGGCACACGCGCGGCAGAAAUCGGGGUUCCUGGGUGUCGGAUAAGCCCGGGCGUGCAGGAGCUCCGGAGGCCCAUCGACCAAGUCGUGGACUCAUUGCCCUGGGUUGGACAUAUGCAAGUGGGAGUCGGGUCCGGCUCCGUAAAUCGGGGGUCGGGGAGGUGUAAUUGGGCUUGGUCCCCAGGAUCUGAUCGGCGGACCUCUGACUCAGCGUAGGCCCCAGCGGGACAUGGCUGAAGCGCACCAGGCCGUGGGCUUCCGACCCGCACUGACCUCGGACGCGGCGGAAGCGGACCUCAGCGCCUCGGUGCUGCAGGAGAUCUAUCUGUCCGGACUGCGUUCUUGGAAAAGGCAUCUCUCCCGGUUCUGGAAUGACUUUCUCACUGGUGUGUUCCCUGCCAGCCCCCUCAGCUGGCUCUUCCUCUUCAGUACAAUCCAGCUCGCCUGGUUCCUCCAGCUGGAUCCUUCCCUAGGACUGACAGAGAAGAUUAAAGAGUUGCUGCCAGACUGGGGAGGACAGCACCACAGGCUUCGAGGGGUCCUGGCAGCUGCACUGUUUGCUUCGUGCCUGUGGGGAGCCCUGAUCUUCACACUCCACGUGGCUCUGAGGCUGCUUCUCUCCUACCACGGCUGGCUCCUCGAACCCCACGGAGUCAUGUCCUCACCCACCAAGACGUGGCUGGUCCCCAGCCCAGCGAGGAGUUCAGUGGCCCACGGAUCCCUGCCUCCCGCCAGGCCCUGGUGCCCUAGUCCCUCCAAGGGUGAAGACUCCGAGGGGCAGGUGAAAGGCUGGUGGUGGCAGGGACAAGCCUGGAAGGAGAUGGCGGCCCCUCUGUCCGUGGACACAUGCCAAAUGUACUACCUGCCAGAGAUCAAAGACUGGCUCGGCUGUGCCUCCACCAAGGAGCUCUCAGGGAAGUUGGACUUUGAGCCCCAGGACCCUCAAAGCUACUUGGGCAGCCAGGGGGCCUGCCGGCUUCUCCGCCUCUUCCCUCAGUACCUGGAGUCUGUCCGGCCUGUCCUUUCCGACGAGGAUUUCAACUGGACGGCGGCCCUAGCCCAGGAGUUCCUCAGGCUGCAGGCGUCGCUGCUGCAGUGGCACCUGCAGCUCAAAUCCUGGUGGGCGUCCAAUUACGUCAGUGACUGGUGGGAAGAAUUUGUGUACCUACGCUCCCGAAACUCGCUGAUGGUGAAUAGCAACUAUUAUAUGAUGGACUUCCUGUACGUCACGCCCACGCCAGUGCAGGCUGCUCGCGCAGGGAACGCUGUCCACGCCCUACUCCUUUACCGCCACCACCUGAACCGCCAGGAGAUCCUGCCGACGUUGAUGAUGGGAAUGCGGCCCUUAUGCUCCGCCCAGUAUGAGAAGAUAUUCAACACCACACGUGUUCCUGGGGUCCAGAAAGAUCACAUCCGCCACCUGCGUGACAGCCGACACGUGGCCGUCUUCCACCGGGGCCGAUUCUUCCGUGUGGGGACCCACUCCCAGACCGGCCUGCUGUCCCCACGGGACCUGGAGCAGCAGUUUCAGCGAAUCUUAGACGACCCCUCGCCCGCCCACCCCCACGAGGAGCACCUGGCAGCCCUGACUGCGGCCCCCAGGGACAUGUGGGCCCAGGUGCGGAGGUCCCUGAAGAGCCAGGCAGAGGAUGCUCUGGAGGCUGUGGAAGGGGCCGCUUUCUUUGUGUCACUGGACUCGGAGCCCGCGGGGCUCACCAGGGAGGACCCCGCUGCGUCCUUGGAUGCCUACGCCCACGCCCUGCUGGCUGGCAGCGGCCACGACCGCUGGUAUGACAAAUCCUUCACCCUCAUCGUCUUCUCCAAUGGGAAGCUGGGCCUCAGUGUGGAGCACUCGUGGGCUGACUGCCCCAUCUCAGGACACAUGUGGGAGUUCACUCUGGCCACAGAAUGCUUUCAGCUGGGCUACUCGGUGGACGGCCACUGCAAGGGGCAUCCUGACCCUUCACUGCCCCAGCCCCAGCGGCUGCACUGGGACCUUCCAGACAAGAUCCACCGGUCCCUCUCUCUCGCGCUGAGGGGAGCCAAGACCUUGUCUGGGGACAUUGACUGCCACGUCUUCCCCUUCGCCCACUUUGGCAAGAGCUUCAUCAAACGCUGCCAGCUCUCCUCAGACAGCUUCAUCCAGGUGGCCUUGCAGCUGGCGCACUUCAGGGACAGGGGUCAAUUCUGCCUGACUUACGAGUCGACCAUGACCCGCUUGUUCCUGGAAGGCCGGACGGAGACGGUGCGGUCUUGCACGCGGGAAGCCUGCCACUUCGUGCGGGCCAUGGAAGACAAAGAGAAGACAGACCCGCAGUGCCUCGCCCUGUUCCGCCUGGCAGCGGACAAGCACCAGGCCCUGCUGAAGGCCGCGAUGAGCGGCCGCGGCGCUGACCGCCACCUCUUCGCGCUCUACAUCGUGGCCCAGUUCCUCCACCUGCAGUCGCCCUUCCUGGACCAGGUCCACUCGGAGCAGUGGCAGCUGGCCGCCAGCCAGAUCCCAGUCCAGCAAAGCCACCUGUUUGACGUCCACAAUUACCCCGAUUACGUUUCCUCUGGUGGAGGAUUUGGGCCUGUCGAUGACCAUGGUUAUGGUGUUUCUUACAUCUUCAUGGGGAAUGACGCAAUCACCUUCCACAUCUCCAGCAAAAAAUCAAGCACAAAAACGGAUUCCCACCGCCUGGGUCAGCACAUUGAGGAUGCGCUAUUGGACGUGGCCUCCCUGUUCCAGGAGGGGCAGCAUCUUAAGCGGGGGUGCAGAGGGCUAGGGGAGGAAGACUCGAGGAGCAGAAAUAGAAAAAUCCACUCUACUUUGAAGAGCCAAAACAAUAUUGAAACAGAGCAAAGUCGGAGAUCUCACACUUCUGGUUUCAAAGCUUUCUAUGAAGUUACUGUGAGCAAAGUAGUGUGAUACUGGCAUAAAGACAGACAUAUGGGCCAAGGGGAUGGAAUAGAGAGUCCAGAAAUAAGCCCUCAUACAUGCGGUCAGGGCCACGGUCGCUCAGUGGGGGAAAGGACAGCCUCAACAGCCGGUGCUGGGAAAACUGGAUACCCGCAUGCAAAGAACAUCGUUGGAGCCUUACCUUGCCCACAUGCAAAAAUCAAACUAAAAUGGAUCAAAGGCCUAAGUGUAAGAGCUGACGCUAAAGAACAGGCGAAAAGCUUCAUGCCGUUGGAUUUGGCAGUGCUUUCUUGGAUAUGACAGCAAAAGCACAGGCGACAAAAGAAAAAAAUAGAAAAUUAAACGCCAUCCAUCAAAGGACAACAGAGUGAAAAGACAGCCCACAUGAUGGCAGAAAGUCUUUGCAAAGCAUUUAUCUGACUAGGAGUUACUAUCCAGAACUCCUGGGACUCGGCAACAACAGCAAAACCCCCACAAACAACCCCAUUCAAAAGUGGGUCAAGAACUUGAAUAGACAUUUCGCCAGAGAAGAUACACAAAUGGCCAAUAAACAGACGCAGAGAUGCUCCUGGUGGCCGCCAGCAGCUGGGAGGAGGGAGGAGUGGGAGCGAGGCAGCUGUGUUUAGUGGGUACAGAGUGUGCCUCUGGGGCAAUGGAAAGUUCUGGAGGUGGCAGUGAUGGCUACACAGUAUUGUGAGUGUAAUUAAUGCCACUGGGUUGUAACUUUAAAUCUCCAAAAUAAUAUUUUGAAUAAUUUCACUAUUCUUUUUGCUUUAUGAUGGCAUGCUUGUUAAAUAUAUAGUUUUAAUGUUUAUCAUCUUUUAAAAAA